AUGGAGAAUCGAUCUGAUCAAGCUGAGGGGCCCCAGCAGCGACGUCGAUCGCCGCCACCAUUGCUGCAGCCGGUUCAUAUACAGGAGACAGCGCUGGACCUGGAGCCGGUGGUGAUCAAUAUGCCGAGCGCAACAGCGCCACCACCGUCGGAGCCGAUUUCAACCAUGGCGCACAUUGGCGCAGGAGACACAUUUGGUGCGCCGAGUCCGAGCUCCUCCGAGGGUAGCAGUAACGGCUUCGUGAAGGUUGAACACGGCGAUGUGCAGCACAGUGUUGGCUCAGGAAUCAGUGGCUUGAUGCCAAUACGAAUGGAAGACCUGAUACGACUGCAUGAUGUUGAGCAUGAUCGCCACCGAACUGAUGCCCACCUUCAUUACAGUGUUAGUUCUGAAUUACCAUUUCUCCUCGUGCUCCCCUUCCGUUCGUUUUUUCUGUGA